UCCGCCGGGAAAAAAGGUUCAGAAGCUUGGAAUUUUCUGCACCUAUCCCAAAGGUAAUCUCCGAAGUUCGUCCCUGUUAAGUUGUUCAUUUCAUUUGCAAUGGCCGAUGAGGAACCUGUUGAUCAGAAGAAGUAUCUUGAAGAGGGUUGCAAACCUAAAUGCGUGAAACAGCUUCGUUCUUAUGAGGCAUGUAUUAAGAGAAUUGACUGUGACGAAAGUGGUCACAAGCAUUGCACUGGUCAAUAUUUUGACUACUGGUCCUGUGUCGAUAAAUGUGUUGCACAGACACUGUUCUCGAAACUGAAAUAAUUGGGGCCCAAUUCUGUUAAACAUUAGCAUCAUGUCCUGCUGUUUUGAGUUCAAAAGCCAGUUGAUUGUUUCCUAAACUAUUGAUAUCCUUGUAUAAUUUUGUGUGGUGUAUAUGAGAACUGGUAACAUUUUUUUGUAAUGUUACUGUGAAAACUUUUGAUCAUUUACAAUAAAUUUGGUUCCUGU